AUGCCAGGAGUUUACCGUCACGUCAAUGGAGAAGCCAACGGCCACUGCAACGGCGUGGGUUCAGAUGGCGAUUUGAAUGGCCACACAUAUCCAUCUAGGCCCGUCGUCAUUGCCGGAUGCUCAGGCGGUAUGUUUACGGACGAAUCUACGAUGAAUAUCCCUGAGAUUGACGUUAUCACGGGGGAUUGGAUGUCCGAGGCUGAUAUGACGGUCAAUGGACUGAAGAGAUGGCAGCUCAAGAAGACGCUCCAGAAUGUGAACGCCCUCGGACAGUCUCGCGAGGGCUAUCAUUCCAACUUUCUCACCAAGAUUGAGCCAGCCUUGAAGUAUCUGGCGCAAAACGGGACCAAGGUCGUCUGUAACGCGGGCGGCAGCAACCCUCACGGCCUGGCCGAAGCAUUAAAGGAGAGGAUACAGCACCACGGCUUAGAUCUGAAGGUUGGCUGGAUCGAGGGUGACGAUGUGAGCGAGGCUGUUCUCGAUUUGGUUCACUCGAAAACGGCCAAGUUGACCAACAUUACCACGGGCAGAGACAUUGAGGAGUGGAUGUUUGACCCCAUUAGCGCUCAGUGCUAUCUGGGAGCGUUUGGAGUGGCCCGUGCCCUGAAGGACUGUGACAUUGUCAUCUGUGGAAGAGUGGCCGACUCCUCUCCCUGCAUCGGAGCAGCCAUGUGGUGGCACAACUGGACCCGGGACAAUAUCCAAGAGCUUGCCUCGAGUCUUGUUGCAGGCCACUUGAUUGAGUGCAGUACCUAUGUCACUGGUGGCUGCUAUUCGGGCUUCAAAAAAUGGAAGGGCACCGCUGUCGACCUGGGGUUUCCGAUUGCUCACAUCGAUCACAAAGGUGGCAUCGAAAUAACAAUGGAACCUGGGAGAGACGGAGAAGUGUCGAUCGACACGGUCAGCUCCCAACUCUUGUACGAGAUUCAAGGUCCUCUGUACUAUAACUCGUCGGUGGUCGCCAACCUGGAGAACAUGCAAUUGGAGCAGGUUGGUCCAAACAGAGUGCGUGUCACCGGGAUUGAAGGGUUACCGCCGCCACCGACAACCAAAGCAGGCAUCACAGCGUUUGGCGGGUACCGAGCCGAAUACCAUGUAUACCUGACCGGCCUCGAUAUCGCUGAAAAAGCCGAGAUGGUGAAGCAGCAAACCCUAGCAGCAAUGGGACCCGCCGUGCAGAAGCAAUUCUCUCUCCUGAAAUUCCAGGUCAUCGGCGAGCCAAACCCCAACGCUCGAACACAAGAUGCCGCCACAGUCGACAUGCGUAUAUUCGCCCAGAGUCAGGAUGAAAGCCUGCUUGGUCCGGACAAGUUUUUGACCUGGUGUAAAAUGAACAUCCUCCAAGGAUGUCCGGGUUUGACACCAACAAACGAUCCUCGGCAAGGCACAGCCAAGCCGUACUACGAAUAUUGGGUCACUCUUAUCGACCAAGCACUGGUCAAAGAAAUGGUCCAUUUACCAGACGGCACCGUUGUUGACAUUCCAGCUCCAGAUUUCACUCGAUCAUACCCUGUACAGCAAAAGUCUUAUGAUACAGCAGAUCCCUUACCAGCUGACCACUGGGGUCCGACUCUCCGGGCGCCUCUCGGACGCGUCGUUCUCGGACGUUCAGGAGACAAGUCAUCCGACGCCAACUUGGGUCUCUUUGUUCGGCACCAAGACGAAUGGGACUGGCUUCGGUCGACAUUCUCAGUCGCAAAGCUGGUGGAGCUCCUCGCCGACGACUACAAAGGCAAGCCAAUUGAUAGGUUCGAGAUCGCCGGCCUGAAGGCUGUUCACUUUCUGCUACGGGAUCAUUUGGAUCGGGGUUACAAUGCUGGAGCUGGACUGGAUUGCCUCGGAAAAAACCUGGUGGAGUACAUUCGCGCCAAACAAAUAGACAUACCCGCUGCUUUCCUGGAGCGGGCAGAUAUAUAG